AUGAGUGAACCGAAGACUAAAGAAACCCCCACUUAUGCAUUUGGUACUGAAGUUUGGGUAAAAGUGUUCAAUUGUAUUUGGUGGCCGGGUAUAGUUGUUGAUCCUCUUAAGAUACCACAAGAAAUAUUAGUUUAUUUCAACAACGUUGAACAUAUUGCAGUUGUUAAAUUUGAACAUGAUAACAAACAUGUAGUUGUUGGCAGAAAUGAUCAAAUAUUCCUAUACUCGUGUGAUCGCAAAAUAGAAUUUGUUGAAAAAGGAUUAUCAUUAUUAAAACAACAAGAAAAAGGACAGCCUAUAGUGAAACAUGAAUUUAACAUGAAUAAUUUUAAGAAAGAUGUAAUAUCAAUGGAACGUCUUCUUGGAGGUGAUAUGUAUAUUUUUGAAAAUUUAGAGAAAAAACGAGAAACACUGAAGUCCAUCAUGAAAGAACCAUUCACUCAAACUAAUACAAAAAACUAUAAUACUAUGACAUAUAAACCAACAACAUCAACUGGUCAUAGUUGUCAAUCACAAGUAGGCUGUAACUUCACAACUAUUCGCUCUGUUAACUUAAAACAGCAGAUGGCAAUCGAUAAAAACGAGACAGAUGUGGUUAUGACCAAUAAAUCAUCAACCAAUACUAUCUCAAAUAAACGAAAGGAUUUAAAGACUGAAUCAGAGGUUAAAAAACAAAAACUGGUGAUGAAAGAUGAAGAACUCAAUACAAGCAAGGAUAAUACGGUACAAUUGUCUAAUAAUGUUACAGAAUCUUCAAUUAAUGAAGAAGUUGUAGAAACAACGAGUGCGGUCGGUACUUUAGACCAAAUAAACAAUUUUGAAAAUUCAUUGAGUUGCAUUUCGAGUAAUAUAAAUAAUUCCGAUGCAAAUAUAUUGAUUGAAGAUAACAAUGGUAUUGGUGUAUCUGAGUUAAGAGAAUAUGGAUCUCCACUAAUAAAAGGUUUGUUGGGGAUUGAUAGUCUAUAUUAUAAUGAAAUAGUUAGUAAUGACGUUGAUAUUCCAUUAGUUGAAAAUAUGUCUAUUGAAACAGAAGACCUUGCAAUUGUUGUGGAGAAUACUAAUGGCAAGGAGAAAGUUUCAAAUGAUGUAGAAGUUAAUCAGUUGAAUGGUACCACAGUCGGUAAUGCUAUGCCUAUCGAGAACUCUUGUUCUGUAGAUAGUACAUCUAAUAAAAUAGAUUGUGAAGAUGAAAUCACUAAAAUAAACGACUGCCUAAUAGAUGGUGUACCAAACGCUGAAUGGACGAAAGAAGACGGUUGGGAAUCCAAACCAUCUGCACUGAGAGAAGGGAUAAGUUUGGAAAAAAAUAUACUAAAGACCAAUCAAAAAAUAAUAUUACACAAUGAUUGUGAAGAUGUAAAAAGUAUAAAUGGAAUAUUUUCUUGGAAAUUAAUAGAAGGAAACCAUGUACCCUAUAUCAUAAGAGUAAUUAACGGUGAACAUUUAAAGUUUGUAUCCGUACAGAUGGCUACAACUCUGCUACGCAGCAAUAAUUUACAUGCAGAUAUUUAUACAUAUGCAUCAGUAAGAAGUCAUUUUAUCACUGAUUCUGAAGCUAACUUAUUAAAUGAGAUUAACCGAAAACAUGCUGACAGUAAAUUCGGGAAAGGAAUGUUUUUAGCAGGAAAAGAUCGUAUCGUCCGUUUAGAAGAUGUUAAUGAAUAUUAUACCUUCAUAAAAAUAUGUUAUAAACAAUUACUGGGCAAAUCUACUUCAAGUCGGAAAGAAAAAUGCGGUUUCAUACGUAUUAACUCUGAUCGUUAUGUGCCAUAUUGUGUUAAAGAUAACAGAAUAUAUGUUCCGCUAUUCUGCUUUGAAGGCGAAAUCUUAGUAGGAAACCUAAGACAUGAUGUUAUAGAAAUAGAAAAUUGGGACUUGGCCUAUCUCAAGUUCUGUUGUAAAGUCCAGGGUAUCAGAGAUUAUUUGUUUGCUAGUGACUCUUGUACAGUGACCACUCUUGACAAUAUCAAAAAUAAUUUUCCAAGAGAAACGAUUUUUGAGGAUUAUUGGCCAAGCAAUAGGCAUAAUUCACAUCUUCUAGUUGAUCAAGAUAACUCUUCUACCCAUACCUGGAUCAGAGCACCCCCUGAAAUAGAACCGGCUGAAAACACUAUUCCCCACACUUUAACGGCACCAGGACCAGCCAUACCACAGACUAUGUCAGUAAUGAACACCUAUCAAAUUGGAUGGCGAGCAAACCAAAUGGGUUCAACAAUGUCUCAAUGCAGCAGUUUGAUAAAUAAUACAAGUAAUAUUGUACCAUCACUGCCUUUAGUUAGUGCAAGUAAUACAGCACCCGUAAUUGGUAAUACUAUCUCAUACUCCAACAUUGAACCUCCAACGCUACAACAGCUCAACGCAUUGAGCAAUGAUGGUCCAACUGAAAUUGUUCCGGCCACAGAGAUCAUUGACCUAACAUCUCCACUGUCCAUCCCUGUUCCACCAACUGUGCAGGAGAAUUCUCUUCCUUUUGAACGGGAAUUGACAAGAAUACCGCGACGGAUGAGGGCCCGUGCCAAAUCUCGUCAUCCAUACAAGAUUCAAUGCACAACACUUCAAGGGAGAUUGAUAUACUGCAUAAACGCAAAAGCGUUUGUGUUGUAUUCAAAUUGGAUGGUGACAAUAGACAAUCUAGUCCAGACGGUGUUACCAACGUGUACAGUGGAGAAAUGCGCUCAACUCUUAAACAAAGUCUUAAAAACGAAAAUAUUCUAUGGAAAUCCUAAGCAGUUAGCCGUGUUGAAGAAAAAUGGACUCAUCAGGUCGAUGGUCCCGGGAGAAACACCGAUGGUUAUGCUACAUGAUAUCAAGAAGGUUUUGCUAAAGUUACAGACAUUGGAAUGUUAUGGUUUCACUACAUCGACAACGAGAUUCUAA